GGAUGUUUUUUAUGGAAACAAAUUGAAGGUUGUUUAACAGUUUUUGUUUAAACUUAUUUUCCUUUUCAUUUCUGUACCAUCUUAGAAAAUAGAAACCAAUAUCUGGUCCAGGAUGAUUUACAUAUUGAUGCAUGCAACAUAUAACUGAUAUAACCAAUAAAAGAAAGUUAUUUCUAGUAUCAUUACAAGGGUCUUGAGAGAGGGCAAUGUUAGAGAUUCAAGCAAAACAGAAGAUUGUUUAUUCCAAUCUCUGUUGUUAGAGCCGUGCAGGAUAACCAUCUUAUUUUAAGCAUGUAAUACAACCUCAGUGCUUCUGCACACUUGCUUUACUGUGGCCUGCAGUUUAUGGUGGUAUGCAUUAAAGAUUCAUUUAAGUUCCGAUCCAAGGAUGCAUAUUCCUGACCCUUGCUGUUGCCUGAAAGGGCAGGAGCCGAGUGACAUGGAUUUCCCUAUCAUGCAUCCGAUGGGCGUAGGAAGAAAACAAGAAAACUUCCAGUUGAAUGACAAUUUGCUUCCCAAAAUGAAACAGCCAGCCACUACUUAUUUUGCAAGGAAUUUGGGAAAGAGCAACCUUGGUGGUGUCAUAUUUGGUUGCAAGAACAACACGUUUAAAGAAUGUCUUUCGAAACAGAUCUUUGGCUUGCCAGCUCAGCAUUUCUUGUAUGUAAAGAACAUUGAUCCAGGUCUGCCACUAUUUCUGUUCAAUUACACUGACAGGAAGCUUCAUGGCAUCUUUGAGGCUGCUAGUUGUGGACAAAUGAAUAUAAAUCCCUAUGCAUGGACACCAGAUGGUUCUGAGAGAACACCAUAUCCUGCCCAAGUUCAAAUACGUAUAAGGCUGCAGUGUCAACCACUGCUAGAAGACCAGUUCAAGCCUAUAAUUCUGGACAACUAUUAUAAUGUAAGCCAUUUCUGGUUUGAGCUCGAUCAUACUCAAGCACGUAGAUUGAUGGCAAAACUCUCUGCAAUGGCAAUUGCUCCUAGUACAUUUGUACCACAAAACACAGCGAAAUGGAGGAAUGCGUUGUAUGGUUUAACUUCUAACGAGAAGAGAGAGGAAAACGGAGCUUAUGAGCAACCAGUCUUAAGGAACAAGUUUGUCAACUCCCCUGAUCCUGGUAACUGCCAGCUACUAGAGUCAUCCCUGGGUAAUCAAGAAUCAGAUAGAGAUGCAAAAGACAUCAUCUACUUGAAACUAAAAGAGCUAGCUAUUAAUCUUGAGUCCUCAGAUGCACCUAUGAGGGGACAUGUAGGAGAAAUUGCCACUGCCAGAGAUGAGAAAUUGGGGCAAGAAUCAUUGCUGGCAGAAUUUUCAGGGAAGAAGAAUAAAAAUAAUCCUGUAAUUUCUUAUGACUUGUCUGAUCCAUCACUGGUGGCUCAGAUGCUUGAAGGAAUGAAAGAGCUAAUGGCUUUCAAAGAAGAGCAAAUCCAAAAGGCAAAUCGUAUGGAACAGAAACUGCUAGAGGCAGAAAAAGAAAUCAGCCAACUAAAGUGUAGGUUUAUGAUGUUGGAGUCAAGGUCAAAUACUUCCCUGGUGCAUGUGGAUGGAACAGGAAUCAAGUCAUGUGAUGACUUCCACUUGGACCUUGAUGAAUCAAUAUUUCUCGUGGGUGGAUAUGAUGGUGUAUUGUGGUCAUCAGCAUUGGAUUUGUUUUCUCCUUCACAUGAUGUCUUGAAAUCUCUUAAGCCAAUGAGUUCUGUUCGAUCGUAUUCCUCAGUGGCAAAGUUAAAUGGAGAACUAUAUGUGUUUGGCGGUGGAACUGGUAGUGCAUGGCUUGACACGGUUGAGUCAUAUAACUUUGCCCAAGAUCAAUGGAGUCUGUGCUCAUCAUUGAAUAAGAAGAAAGGUAGCUUAGCUGGCGCUACUUUGGACAACAAAAUUUUUGCAUUUGGUGGUGGAAAUGGGGUUGACUGUUUUUCAGAUGUGGAAAUGUAUGAUGUAAAUGUUGGAAGAUGGAUACCCACCAGGUCAAUGCUACAAAAGCGAUUUGCUCUUGCUGCAGCAGAGCUCAAUGGUGCUCUCUACGCUGUUGGUGGAUAUGAUGGGGACAAUUAUUUGAAAUCUGCAGAAAGAUUUGAUCCCAGGGAACAUUCUUGGAGCAGAAUUGAGAGUAUGAAUACCAAGAGGGGCUGUCACUCAGUAGUCGUUAUGAAUGAAAAGAUAUAUGCCUUGGGAGGCUAUGAUGAAUGUGACAUGUCGCCAAGCAUUGAGAUAUUUGACCCUCGGCUUGGAAAAUGGAUGACUGGGGAGCCGAUGAACCAUUCCAGGGGAUAUUCAGCUGCUGCUGUUCUGAAGGAGUCAAUCUAUGUAAUUGGCGGAGUGAAGACCGGUGGAGACAUUGUAGACACGAUUGAAUGUUACAAGGAUGGCCAAGGGUGGCAAAUUACCAACUUGAGUGCACCAAGAAGACGGUGUUUUUGCUCAGCUAUUGUUUUAGGAGAUUGAAUGCUACUGCAGAAUGUAGAAAGUUCAGAAAACUCGUUUGCAACCAAGACAUGCAUUGGUUCUAUAAGGUUUUCCUAGGAGGCUUGGAGAAGCAUUUCCUCGGCUGGUACCAUGUUGAGGUUUUUCAAGAAAUUUUUGUUUCACCUCAUCUGACAGUUUAGCAGAGAUCUCGGUAAAGCUUCUACUAUAAGGACUUCAAGAGCUUUUGCUUUUGUUCUGAUAUUCAGAAAUUGCGCUAUUUCACUUGAUGGUGAGGCUGGAUGGGUUUAUCCUGGAAAUAUGCCGCAGUCUUAUGGAGUUUGAUAGCAAGGAUGUGCCAUUUCUAUGUUGCGCUUUACAUGUAGUGUAGAAAAAUGCCACUACGGCUGAAUCACUAGAAGCUUGUCGGGGUAGCACCGCUUGGGAUAUGUACAAGAAAUCUGAAUAUUGCGUUUUCUACAAACCAAUUUCAGACCACCAA